AAGCUGUAGAGAUGGAAGCAGCUAGCCUCCACGUGCAGAUGCAUACCGCAUCGGACCCGUUUCUCUCACACGCCGCACUCAACAAUAACAAUACCAUGAACAAACUCAACUCGGCAGUUUUGAGCCAAGGUGUCAAAGAUGAACACGAUAACAACGAUAAGUUGUCUUUGGAUUCUGAUGGUACAACGUUGUUGAAAGACACAUCGUCAGGCCACGGCGGUAACGAUGGUUCUCACAUGGGUUGUAACCAAGAAAGCAACGACGACAAACCCCUGAAACAGAAAAGACACCGGACACGUUUCACGCCGGCACAACUGAACGAGUUGGAACGAAAUUUCGCAAAGACGCAUUAUCCAGACAUCUUCAUGCGGGAGGAAAUCGCUAUGAGAGUUGGGCUGACAGAAUCCCGAGUACAGGUCUGGUUCCAGAACCGUCGUGCAAAGUGGAAGAAGCGCAAGAAGCAAACUAAUGUGUUCCGCACACCCGGGGCUCUCAUGCCCUCCCACGGUUUACCGCAAUUCCCGUCCUCGAUGGGCGACUCCUUAUGUUCGUUCCACACCAACGACACACGCUGGCCACCGAUGCCGGCGCAGAUGACAAGUGGACCUCCUCUCACACUCCCUCCCACUCUCCCCCGCCAGCACACGGGUAUAGGACAGUCAUUAUCCGGCCACCAAGGAGGUGGCGGCGGGAUGAAUCAAUCGCCAAACGGAUUCGGUUCGGGCAUUUCUGUAACCAGUAAUGGCUCCGUCCAACCGUCGAUGUAUCAGUCGUUCGGUGGGGGUAUGUCGUCAAUGUCCUCUAUGUCGUCAGUUUCCACGUCGUCGGGACUUCCAUCUUCGCCAACGAAUGUCACAGUCAAUUCCCCAAUGUCGUGUAGUUCACCGGAUACCGGUGAUAUGUGGAGGGGUACCAGCAUAGCACAACUUCGAAGAAAAGCACUCGAGCAUUCUGUUACAUUAAACGGAGGGUUCAGAUAGAAGACAGCCCACACAAUGUAGACUAUUUCAAUUUUUAUU